AUGGCUCAGUACGUCUAUCAGCCUUUGAAUGAAAGCAACAGCGAGAUCAGGCUGAUAACGUUGCUACCUUCAUCGGAUCGAGACAGCGAAGUGAUCUGCGACCUCAAAAUUGUUCGGCUUACAAAAGAGGACGCCCCACACUACAUAGCACUAUCGUACACCUGGGGUUCCGCAGAAUCGCCUACGAGGCUUCGAGUCUCGUCAGAAAAUGAUCACAGUAUCGAUAUUACCAGAAACCUUGCAGAAGCUUUACCGUAUCUUCGCGAUCGUGUUUCACCCAGAACACUAUGGAUCGAUAGCAUUGCUAUCGACCAAAAAGAUCUAGCGGAGAGGAGCCAACAGGUCCAGCGGAUGGCUGAUAUCUACAGUUUAGCAGCGGGAGUGAUUGUUUGGCUGGGCAAAGACGACGCCAGCAGUAAGGUGGCCAUGGAAACGUGCAUGAUCCUUGGUACCAAGGUUGAGGUUGAAUUCAACGGAGAAAAGAAACUGAGAAGCCUGACUGAUGAACCGGAUGAUGCUCAUUGGGUCGACAUGAGACAACCGCUUCCGUACGACUUCGCAACAUGGCAGGCGAUCCUAGAACUUCUGCGCCGACCGUGGUUCCAUCGCCUCUAG